AACUAUAAGCUAACUUUUUAGCUAAGCUUACAUCUUAAUUUCAUCAAACAGAGCUUAAGAUGUCUUCUUCUACCUUUUUUUUCUUCUCUUUUCUUCUAUUUGUUAAAAUGGGGGUAUAAUUAUCAAAAUUCAAUGGAUAAUUAUAAAUUUGGGCCAAGCAAAUAUGAAGCCCAAAAGAAGAAAGCCCAUUUACAGACAUGGUUGAUGGCUGAAGCUGUCACCGCCUGCUCUGGUGGCGGUGAGAGGAAGCUCGGUUUAGAGAGAGAGAGAGAGAGAGAGGAGUGUGUAGAGAGAGAAAGAGAGAUAUGUCGAGAUUAAGGAGACUGUUCCAAUCAUCAAUGGAUGCUACUAAGAAAGCUUUAUCUGGUAGUUUUGAUGAUUUGAUGCCACCACCUGAAAAAUAUAUAUUCAACUUCAAUUCCAAGCAAGAAAUAAAGAAAUGGCAUUUAUAUUCUGAUUCUGAAUUUGGAGGUUUAUCAUCUGCAUCUCUGCAGAUACCUGAAUCUGAAAAUGGUGCAAGUACUGGAAUUUUCUCUGGGAAUCUUUCUCUUGAGGUUACUCAAGGUGCUAAAUGGAAUAUUAGUAGAGGUGGUUUUUGUGGAAUGCGCUCUAAAAAGUUUGAUGGCUUCAUUGACUUGGAUUCAUAUGAUACUAUUGCUAUGAAACUUAAAGGAGAUGGCAGAAGUUAUAUAUCUACUAUCUAUACCGAGAAUUGGGUUAAUUCACCUGGACAAAUGGAGGAUAACUCAUGGCAAUCCUUUAUUUAUGUCCCCAAAGAUAACUGGUACAUUGCAAAGAUUCCUCUAGCUCGAUAUCUACCUACUUGGAGAGGGAAUGUUAUAGAUGAAGAAAUUGAAAUGAAUCCAUCCCGUGUUCUUGGCAUGUCUCUUUCUGUCAAUGCGGAGGGUGGUGUUCCAGGUGCUAAAUCCGGACCAGGUGAUUUCAGACUUGAACUUGAUUGGAUCAAAGCAAUAAGAACACAAUGAAGUAGUAUAGGUUGUUGCAGAUAAAAUUCAAGAAUUUUCCUCUUCUUUUAGGGCAAUUAAUUUUUACCAUGUUUUGUAAUAAUAAUGUAUCUAUUUAAGAUUCAUAAAUGAAAAAUAUAUUUGAAGUUAUUCCAUUUCCAA